AUGGCUUCCCAAGCAGAAGAUGUUUAUGCAACUCUUCUUUUGACCGACACAUACCUGCCAGGUGCUCUUGUAUUGGCACAUUCUCUACGAGAUGCUGGUACCACCAAGAAAAUCGCAGUGCUUGUCACGGUAGAUUCGGUGACCGCUGAGAGUAUGACUGAACUUCAGAGAAACUUCGACUUUGUCAUUCCUGUCGAUCGAGUUGUCAACCAAUCCCCAGCCAACCUCGACCUCAUGGGCCGCCCUGAUCUUCACUCUACUUUCACCAAAAUUACAUUAUGGAAACAAACACAAUUCCGAAGAAUAGUUUACAUGGAUGCCGAUAUGGUUGCUCUUCGUGCACCAGAUGAGUUGUUUGCUCUACCAAAUCCAUUUUCCGCCGCACCAGAUAUUGGAUGGCCAGACAUUUUCAACACAGGUCUUAUGGUUUUAGAUCCAAACAUGGGUGACUACUAUGCUUUGGAGGCUAUGGCAAACAGAGGAAUUUCUUUUGAUGGAGCUGAUCAAGGUUUACUUAACAUGCAUUUCAAGAAUACUUACAAUCGUCUAAGCUUUACUUACAAUGUCACCCCAUCCGCUCAUUACCAAUAUCUUCCAGCAUUUCAACAUUUCCAAUCCAGCAUUAGCGCCGCCCACUUUAUCGGAACGGACAAGCCAUGGAAAGUCGGAAGACAAGCCAGUGUCGGAGCCACUCCUUACCAUCAGAUGACCGGAAGAUGGUGGGCAGUUUAUGACAAACAUUACAAGCAAACGUCGGCGAGCGGAACCUCCAACGGAGCGGCACCCCUUAUUGUACAAUACCUUGUUUUCGGAGAAUUCCAGCCCCAGACCCAGGAGGACCAUUCCCAAGGAGCCCAGUGUGAGAAAUUUCAACCUUUUAAUGCCAUUAAUGAUACUACAGCAGAGGAACCAAUCCAUGACCAUACAGAAACAAACUUGGAAAACGAAGAAGCUUAUGAUCCCCCAGUACAGGCAAAAUUGGACCAAUCGCGAAACAUCUCAUAUUCACCAUGGGAUGCCAGCAAAGCACCACCACCACAAAAUUCGAGACCAGAAGCCUCAAACCUCCCUGGUAACCAUUAUGAGAUGUCUAACGACGCUACCCCAUUCCGCGCACCAAGCCGCUACCCAGACCCUCCCAGUGACAUGUACUACGAAGUACCAAAAGCUCCAAAGUGGCAGAGACCAGCACCAAUUUUCCCUUGGGAAGCUAACCCACCAGUACCCUCAAGAGUAUUCCCCGAAGAUGAUUAUGAUGACACAGCAGUACCAGAAACCCCCGUCGCCGGUUCGGUAGUCGCAACCACCGAGGAUGAAAGAAGCAUGCCUGCUACUCCUACCACACCAACCAUGCCGAGUGCCAACGACCCAUGGCAAACUUAUGCUAGAGGAAAUGCGUGGGAUGAAGUUCCAGAAAUUGAGCGAUACAUUGGAAACAUGUCGAAGAAUCGCAAAGGCAACAUCCAAGUUCUUCAAGGAUACGGCACAGAGCUUGAACGGCCUAGUUUACCCGUAACCCCCGCACCAGUUAGAACACAGCCAACCUUCUGGGGCGAAGAGAGAGAAGAAGAUAGCGCAUUACCCCCUGCGGAAGGCGUUCCUGCACAACAAGAUUGGGACCCAGCAGCUCAACUUGACAUGCUUGCUAGGCGCCAAUCAGAUGUUCUAGCCAAUAAGUUGGAGAUUCCAACGCGCGAGAUGCCCUCGAGACCACUUCCCUUCGGAUCCGAACCCGUUAACCAAGGAGCUAUCAUUGAGGAACCUUCUUACCAUGGACCAGGAGCAGCUUGGGAGAAGGAUGAUAAUUAUGCCACGAAAGAGACUCCUUUACUCCCAAGUGAAGCAGAGAAAGAUGUUUUGGAGACUUAG